GGCGGCCUCGCGACCCCCGCCGUGGAGACUUCGAGAUCGCGGUCUUCUGCGUCGUAUUCAUACUGUGUAGCGUACGAUGCGGCUCCACCCCCACUCGUCGAAUUCUGGGACGGAGAGGGUGAUAAGAAAGAAGAGCGGCAACAGACGAGAACCACUCUACGACUGGUCGCACUGGUAAGCAGGAUGUCUCUCAGACUGUUUCCCGAUUGUGGACCCAAUCGUAUAUUCUAG